UAUUUGUUUAUUUAUAUUAAGGUAAUUAUCAGGUAUUGUAUUUGGUUCCCGUGUGGACCAUUAUUAAAUAUUUUACACUAAAUAAUUUAUGAAUUUUUACAGUGUAAUUGGGUACGUCUAAAAAUAUUUGAAAUAAUGUAUUGACAUAUAUAAAUAUAUUAGUAAGGUUGUUGAUUUAAUUUAAUGCAACAAUAGUUUAUUAGUUAAUAUGUAUUUAGUAUUUUAAUAGUUGGUAGGUACCUCCAUCUGUUUGUUUACUUAAUUAUCUACCAGUCUAGGUGAUAUAAUCAACAUAUUUUAAUACCCAGGUUUUAAAUAUAGGUAGUAAAAUAUCUAAAAUAUCUACCGUACAUUUAAGUAAAUAUUAUUUUAACAAUUUAUAAUUUAUGAUUAAUUUAUAGUACCUAUGUUAAAAUAUUUAGAUAUUAUUUAUUUUAUUGAUAAGUGAUCAGGACAUUAGGUAUAUAUUCUUUUAUCUUAAUUAUUUUUCACAUUUACAUUUCCCUAGAGAAUUUUUAUUAUGAAAUGUAAAAUAUUAACUGUUUUAUUACAUAUUGAAAAACAUUUUACAUAUAUACCUAAUAUUUAAAAUAAUUUUGUUAGGUUAAACAAUAGAAUAAAAACAAAAAUAAUAAUAGCCUAGUCAAUCACUCGCUUAAAUUGGGUCUCAAUCGUUUAUAUAGUCCCUACUGUACCUACUGUUUCCAACUGUAGUUAAUCUCUGUUCCAUACUUCCAUAGUAGUGGUGUUUCAUAUAACUUCCAUCAUUGAAUUAUCAUUAUUAUUAUCCUGCUCUUUUCCCCGGUAAUUGGCAUUAAUGACCGUGGGAAAAAAAUAUUUACUUCAGAACAAUUUAAUUUUUAAAUGCCUAGUAUUACCUACUUUUUUAAUACAUUUUAUUUUCAUCGCCUAACAUUUGAUUAACAUUUUGAUAUUUCAACUGGUUCGAGUAAAGUACAGUUUACUUAAUUUAUAGGUAUAGAAGGGUACCUCGUACCUGCUUACAUAGUUAUACAUUUAUAAGUUGCUGGAUAAACUCAUAUUCAGUAUAUAUCAGUGUUUAAGGAGAUUAUUUGGAUUAUAGGAUUUCAACAAUGAACAGUAGAUGGCUUGGAUGGUUUUAUAUAAGGAUCAAAAAGAGGCUUGUGGGAAAGUGAUUGAGAAAAUAUAUAGUUAAUAAAACCUUUUAAGAGUUUAGAUGUUGAAAAGUACUUGUAGUUGAAUUUGGUGGACUGUUGAGAAUAGUUAAAACUGAAUUAAUUGAUAAUGAUAAGAAAUGUUGAUGUAUCAUAUUAUGAAGUUUCUUAGAAUGUUAGGUGUACUUAGAAAAUAGAAAUUGGAACACACAGUUUUAAAAGCAACUUUAUAAUUCAUUCCAUUUUUGGUUUAUCAGUUUUUAUUUUAUAUUAAUAUGUGUACAGUAUAAAGCCAUUAUUAAAUUUAUGAAUAUAUGUGAUUAUUGAAUUGAAAUGAUCAUUUGUAGUACCUGAAGCUUGGAGUAUUUUAUAUUUUUUUUUAUUCUUAUAUAUCUUACACAUAAAUAGAAUUUUGUUUCAUAAAUGUAGAAUGUAAUGCUACAACUUUCAUUUUGCUUUUUAGGAAAUUGUAUGCCUUACGAUCAUUUUUAUAUUUUUUGGUUAUUUAAUACAUUUUGGUAGUUUCUAAGUGAAUAUAUCAUAUUUUUGUUAAUUUUUAGAAAUAAUUCAAUUUAAUACAUGCAAAUAUUAUUUCUAUAAAAUCAAAAUUAUGAAAUGGUUUUUCAAUCUUUUUCAUUUUUAAUAACCGUUGAGUCCAUAACAAAAAAUAAAUUUGUUAUCUAUUUGGUAGAUAGUAUUUAUUUGUCAGUUGUAUAAUAUUAAUAGUUUUUGUAGUUGAGUGCUUAGACAAUGUUGUCAAUGAACAGUGUCCAUUAAAAUCUUAAAUUUUAAAGUAGUUUGAGUAUAAUAUUUUUAUAUGUGAUACAUUUUUAACUGAUGGAAUGAUAGUUUGUUUUUUUGGCUGUGUUGAAUUAAUUUAAUUUUUAUUAUUAAAUUAAAAUAAUUUAAUAAUUUUCGUGGUAAAAUAGACAUUUUUAAAGGCAUUUUAUUUCGUAAUUUUAAAUAUUUUUAUGUGAUUUUGUUGAUCAUGUUUUCUGGUCCAAGUCAUAAGAUUAGCCUAAAAGAUAGGAUACUUCACCAGUUUUUUCUUUAAAAUUGCGCCCCUGGUGACUGGACCGAGUGUUUUAUUAUGAGCAGCAAAAUUGUUACCUUCAUAUUAUGUUUUAAACUUAAUUCAUAUAAUUUGUAGAUUGGGAUAACAAGGGUGAAAGUUAUGUUGAAUUAAAUUAAGAAAGUUUAUUGCCUAAUGUAUAUAAAAUAUUUUUGGUUGAGAUGAAUAUAUCUUAGUUACAUUCAGCUGACAAUUAAGAGACAGAUCAGUUUGUAAAUAUCAUCAGAUUGUUUUCAAUUAAUUUCAGAUAUGCCUCCCCAAACACUAAAAAGACCUACAGAAGAUGUGAGUUAUAGUCAUGGUACGUACAUUGUACAUUUAAAAGAGUUUGUAAUUCCCCAGGAAUAAAUUAAUAUUAGAGUUAUUUAGUUUAAGUAUAAUAUAAUUUUUUUCAAUUUAAUUAUAGAUGAGGACGAGUAUAACACAUGGAUGAAUCUGAAAGUAUUCAUAAUACCCAAUCCAAAGCUACAAUCGAGGUAGCAGAUCUUCUUGAUUUUUCAUCUGUAACAAGUUGUGAUUGUGACGAUUCUAGUCAAAGUGAUUGUGACGAUUCUAGUCAAAGUGAUUGUGACUAUAGAAGUUCAAGUCAAUCAGAUCCAUCAGAAUGUGAGGUAGUUACAACAAAGAAUAUCUUCCUUGACAUUGAAAAAGGUUGCAUUUCUCAUGAUACAGAUUUACAAAUAUUCAUUUCAGAGACAAAUUUCAAACCUCCAGUAGUUUUUGAAAAAUGCUGUCAAUGCCAAAAACCAAAUUCCAACCAUAAUUUUCAAUACUGUAAUCAGUGUUUUAAAUAUCGGAUGCAAUUAUUCGAGAGUACAUCAAAUCCAAAACCAAAGAGUAUCAAACGUUUGUACAACAUGGCCAACCGUGCAGAAGAAAAUUAUUUGCCUAAAGAUUGUCAAUCAUCUUCCACCUCAAAUUCCCAAGAGUCCUUAAAUUCACUAGGAAUAUCUGGUCUAUGUUUAUCCCAAGAUACGUCUAAUACAUUUGAAAACGCUACAAACAAUUGUAAUAUUUGUUUUUUGAAGCCAAAAAAUGGCAUUUUUAACCAUGGCAAAACGGCGCAUGUGUAUUGUUGCUAUACAUGUGCCAAACAUAUAUGGAGUAGAUCAGGGAAAUGUCCUAUUUGUAAUUUAAAAAUUAGGUACGUUACAAAAGCUGUUCGUGUUUGAUAAUGUUAUUUUAAUUUCGUAAAAUCACCUAUCUAUGUAUUCAUAUAUUAUGUAAAAUGUAAAAUGAGCAUAUAUAAUAUGAUAUAUUUUAUACUUUUAAUAAAUGCUUUAUUAUAUACAUAAAAGACUAAUUUUUUGAAUAUA